AUGACAAGAACUAGGAACAAGAGCCAGGAAAAGCAGUUAAACAUCUUCGUGGACCAUCUGGAUCGUGAAAGACUGAUCAUGCUUGAUCAUCAGUUUGAAGGAUUGCAACUAACGCCAUCUGAGAGCUCACACUUGAUGGAUCUGUUCAACCAAGUGCCGCAGCCUGGCCAUGGCGUUCCAAGAGGUGAUCCACCUAUGGAUCCAAAGCUCUUUGAGUCUACUUCUCAGAACACUCAAGAUCAUGUCAAGCAGACUUACCGAUCGACCAGAAAGGGUCCCGCAGUGAAGGCAUGUCCAGUGGACCCAAAACACUGA